AGAUGCAAAAGCAUUUUUGCAAACGAACAUAACUUUUGCAAUCAUGCUCCUCUCUUACAUUACUUUUAUUGUUUCUGAACGACAAAGAUACUUCCCUGUCUUUAGAUUCUUCAAAAUUUAGUUAUAUCCGCUAUAUAUUUUUUUGAAAGCACUCACUUCACCUUGAUCCGUUCUCUCUCUUUUCCAGCUAAUACAUUUUUAGUCUCCCCCGCCAGGUUUUGGCCACACAUUCUCUUUAUCUUGUCCCUUCUUCUGGUCUUCGUUCUUUGUUUUAACUUAAAUCUGGCUACUUUAGCUUCGAUGCCUCAAAAAUUCUUUUCGUUUCUUUACUAACCCCGCCUUUUCGUUCUUUGUUGAUCUUGCCAUAAUAGUGUGUAUUUUAUUUUCUUUAGGCUGUUUAGUCCUCUGGGUCUCUUUUGCUCUACUGGUAGAUUGUGAUCCCAACUAUUGGUUCUGGUUUAAGGUUUUCAGUUUUGGCUUCUUGGUGCUCCUUUUUUUUUUUUUUUGCAGUGAGGUUGAGAAUUCAGAAUGGCUGGUCCUCGUUUUUUUGUGUGAUUGGAGUUGGGGUUCGUGCUCUCUCUUGUUGAUUUAUUAAUUUGAAGAUUGUUGAUGCAUUCUUUCUAAUAAGAUGCAGCCCGAUCAGCGCAAAAAGUCAUCCGUGGAUGUAGACUUUUUCACAGAAUAUGGUGAGGGGAGCAGGUACAAAAUAGAGGAAGUGAUCGGCAAAGGAAGCUAUGGUGUUGUGUGCUCUGCAUAUGAUACCCAUAUUGGAGAAAAAGUGGCAAUCAAGAAAAUCAAUGACAUCUUUGAGCAUGUCUCUGAUGCCACCCGCAUCCUUAGAGAAAUUAAACUUCUUAGACUCCUGCGUCAUCCAGAUAUUGUGGAGAUCAAGCACAUUUUGUUGCCUCCUUCCAGAAGGGAAUUUAAGGACAUAUAUGUUGUUUUUGAACUAAUGGAAUCUGAUUUACACCAAGUUAUCAAAGCAAAUGAUGAUUUAACUCCAGAACAUUAUCAGUUUUUCCUUUAUCAGCUUCUUAGAGGCCUCAAAUACAUACACACAGCCAAUGUCUUUCACCGGGAUCUGAAACCCAAAAAUAUCUUAGCAAAUGCCGACUGCAAGCUCAAGAUCUGUGACUUUGGUCUCGCAAGAGUUGCCUUUAAUGAUACCCCAACUGCCAUUUUCUGGACAGAUUAUGUUGCAACAAGAUGGUACAGAGCUCCGGAAUUGUGUGGAUCAUUUUUCUCAAAGUAUACGCCAGCAAUAGACAUAUGGAGCAUUGGAUGCAUAUUUGCUGAACUAUUGACAGGAAAACCUCUUUUCCCUGGGAAGAAUGUAGUCCAUCAAUUGGAUCUGAUGACUGAUCUUUUGGGAACGCCAACACCUGAAGCCAUUGCAAGGGUACGCAAUGAGAAAGCUCGAAGAUACCUGAGCAGCAUGAGAAAGAAGAAGCCCAUUCCAUUCUCCCAAAAGUUCCCUAAUGCUGACCCCCUUGCACUUCGUUUGUUAGAGAGAAUGUUGGCAUUUGAACCAAAAGAUCGGCCUACUGCUGAAGAGGCUCUUGCAGAUCCAUAUUUCAAGGGCUUGGCCAAGGUUGAGAGAGAGCCUACUGCGCAACCAGUUACCAAGAUGGAAUUUGAAUUUGAGAGACGAAGGGUAACUAAAGAAGAUGUACGAGAGCUUAUAUACCGAGAAAUUCUUGAGUAUCAUCCUAAAAUGUUGAAAGAGUUUUUAGAUGGUUCAGAGCCAAUUGGGUUCAUGUAUCCAAGUGCUGUUGACCAUUUCAAGAAGCAAUUUGCUUACCUUGAGGAGCACUAUGGAAAUGGUGCUCCUGUUGCUCCACCUGAGAGGCAGCAUGCAUCAUUGCCCAGGCCAUGUGUAUUAUAUUCAGAUAAUGCAAUACAGAAUUCGGCAGAAGUCACCAAUGAUCUCUCCAAGUGUUCUAUCAAAGAAAUUGAGAAGCCACAUGUAGACAGGAGUGAUGGGAUGCCAAUGACAAGGCUUCCUCUUCAAGUUCCUCAAAGUAUCCAAGCAGGUGCUGCAGGAUCUGUGAAAGUUGCAAGUUCAGUGCUGCGUUACAAUAAUUGUGGAGCAGCAGCAGCAGCAGCAGAGAAUCUUGACCAGCAAAGGAUGGUCAGGAAUCCAGCUAUUUCAACUCAAUACGCCACUGCAAACUGUUCAUAUCCAAGAAGAAACCCAGCCUGUAAAAAUGAGAGGGGAGAAGAUGAGGGGGUUGAAGGCCCCAAUGGAUUGCAGCCAAAGCCACAGUAUAUGGCAAGGAAACUUGCUGCUGCCCAAGGUGGACCUGGAAAUCACUGGUACUAAUGGUGCUUUUCUCUGUGGCGACCCAAAGUGUUGACUGCCUACGUCCAACCUAAUGGAGGCGGUUAUCAAAUAGCAUCCACAGAUAGAUCUUCUGCCAGUGCAAAAUACAUCAGAUUCAAAUGCUGUCAUGUAGCAGUGCUUUCAACCAGCUCAGGCUCUUCAAAAGACAUGUCUGGGGCUUCUGUUGAAAGAAGUUGAGCUGCAAGUUUUCAUUCAGAUCACUGAUUUAAGGUUGAACAGGUUCGUCAGUGGUUAGGAUCCAUGACGUUUUGCAGUCUGAUUUAGCUCAAUAACCAAUAUAACAAAGAAUGUUUGAUAUCGCAAGUGUGGAAAGGGCAAAGUGAUUGGUUGACUAGCUUAGUCUUACUGUUUUCUUUUUUAAAAAUAAGCUAUUUCUUUCCCCUUGUUUGGGGUUUUCAAUCUGAAGGUUGUAUCAAUCUGUUUGUUAUUUUGUAUUCGGAAAAAGGAUACUUGGUCUUUGGUCUUGAAUAUUUGUCUCAGCAACUGGAAAAUUUGGCCAUAACUUGAUCAAAAGGAGAAUUAGGAUGCAAUGAAAUUUGUUGUCAUUAUCACUA